AUGGAUUACGAGACGCUGCGGCGGCGCGCGGCGGAGGCGGCGUUCGACGAGACGUCGACGACGCCCGAGUAUCGUGGGUUUUUGAAUCACGCGAGACGGUGCGUCGAUGGGAGCGGAAAGAUCGACUGGGGUUCGGUGACGCGCGUGGGGGGGCUGGCUGGGUCGAGAGAGGUGCGGCGGGCGCGCGGGGUGGACCCUCGGGACGUCGAGGCGGCGUGUUUGCGAGGCGAAGGCGAACCUUUGAUCGUCGAGGACGGAGGGAAAGAUUGGGCCAAGUGGGAUUUUGAAACGCUUCAAAACGAAAUCGGUGAUUUUGAGGUGUUGUGUAACGAUCGAGCGCCCGCGCGGCGACGAGAGAUCGAUGGAUCCAAGCAGCGGUCGCACCUGAUUCCGUUUCGGGCGUACGCCGACUACGUACGAAAGCGCGACGGCGUCGCCGGCACAGUCUUUGACGAUCGCCGCACGCCGUUUUAUGCAAACGGCAUGCGCGUAUUCAGCGAGUGCAAGCGCGCCGACGCCCUCUCGCGGGCGUUUCCACGACCUUAUUUCACGCACGAGUGCGAUAAUACGGAGACGCUGCUCAUGGCGACAACGAACGAGCUCGGGUCGAUACUCAAAUUUGACUCGGAAAUCGCGCUCAGAAUGCGUGACAGCGUCUCAAAAUCGCUCGACAAGAUGUUUGUCGGGCCUCGAGGCGCACUCACGCGCCUUCAUUACGACGCCGGGGACGCUCACGGUUGGCUGGGACAGGUCGAGGGGCGGAAGCUCUUCGUGUUUUAUCCGCCCAGCGCGUCGCCGAUGCUUUAUCCGAUUGAAGACUCGCACGCCAGCGUCGAUCCACUGGAGCCAGACUACGAUCGAUUUCCACUAUUUCGCGAAGCGCAAUCGCGCGCGCGAGUGUGCGUGCUGAAUCCGGGAGAAGUCGUACUGUGUCCUCGACGAUGGUGGCACUACGCCGUGGCCCUGGACACUAGCGUCACGGUUAUGAGGAAUUGGUACAACGUCAAUACCAACGCCCAGGCGUUGGUCGAGCAGAUAUGCUCCACGAUUAAACAAACAGUAGACAAUAGAGCGAAAGGAUCCGUGCCUCGAAACGAAGCGUCUCGAUGA